AUGGCUACGGACGACCAAAAGAUUGGCGCUGAUCAGAAUGACAAGGUGGAGGUGGACGCGAUCCACCAUGAGGAGAAGACUAUCGUCCCCAUUGAGGAGGAGGCCGCAGACGAAGGGAUACAGGUGAAUCUCAGUUGGCGAUCUUGGGUUGUUGUCUUCAUUACCUGCUUUGCGAUCAUGGCACAGGUUUUCGUCGUAGUCGCUGCAGGGUCGGUCAUCGCAUUCAUCAUCAGGGACUUGGGAAGUCCCGCGCUGGCCGGAUGGAUCAUACAAGGCCCAUUGCUCAUGCAAAGUGUCCUCUCGCCCAUUGUUGGGCGCCUGUCAGAUGUCUUGAACCGGAAGUACUUGGCUGCGAUCCCUCCGUUGAUUGCAUUCGUCGGCGCUGUGAUCUCGGCAAAGGCAACAUCUAUGAACAUGCUAAUCGGUGGAGGGAUUCUCAUCGGCACUACUCUUUCAACUAUUUCAAUCGUCCAGGCGAUACCCUCAGAGAUCCUUCCUCUCAAGUACCGAGCUUUGGCAAAUGGAUUCUCGUUCAUGGGAGGUGCAGUGGGUGGACUGGUGGGUGUUCUCGGGUCUGGGGCCCUGACCAACAUUGAUGCAGGCGGCUGGCGGUACAUCUUCUGGCUCCAGGCUGCCUUCCAUGGCAUUACUUCUCUUGGGCUCCUUUGCCUGUACUGGCCCUCGGAGCAUACCGAAUAUCCGAAGAUGGCCUUGAAAGACUAUAUCUGGGCCUGCGACCCCAUUGGGUCGUUUCUGUUUAUAUCUUCAACUACCUUGAUGCUGAUUGCGCUAGACUAUGCGGGAGGCGAAUUUGCCUGGUCCAGCGCUAUGGUUGCUGCACCUUUGACCAUCGGACUUGUACUUCUUGUUCUGUUCCUGCUGUACGAGUGGAAAGGUCGCGAUGAUGGACUCAUUGCUCACGUGUUCUUCCGCAAGAAUCUCAAUUUCUUCUUGAGUGUCUUUGCCUUCGCUGUUGAGGGUUGGAUAUUCUACAGUGCUGUCAACUCUAUCACACCUCAGAUAAUUCUAAACCUUGGGUUUGAAGACAACGCCUGGGAUAUCUCGGUACGACAACUCAGUGCUCAACUCCCAACACUUCUUACCAGUAUACCUAUCACAUGGUAUGCAACCCGAUUCAAAGAUCUGAAGUCACCUCUUCUUGUCACGUUUACACUCUUCCUCAUUAUAACUAUCUGCUAUGCAACGAUCCAGCCUUCUUGGAAUGCCGCGCAGAUCGCCUUCAAUGUCCUUGGGGCGCCCCAUGCGUAUCUUUCAACGGCCACUGGCCUGGCAUUCUCUGCCAGAGCCAUAGGUGGUGCCUUCGGUUCGGCCGUCCUAAAUGCUAUUAUCAACGGGAGAAUCAGUACUCACUAUGCAUCUGCUGUGUCGUCCGCAGCAGUGAACGCUGGCCUUCCGGAAAGCAGUAUUGGGGAUCUCUUGGAAGCUCUAGGCUCUGGACAAAUCGGUGCUGAUAUCGCGGGUGCAACACCAGAUGUCUGGGCUGCAGCACUCGAUGCGAGCCAUUGGGAGUAUGCUCAUGCAUACCGACUGGCUUGGUCCAGCAUCAUCCCAUUCGUGGUUUUGGCUAUUGUUGCAGUUGCCUGCCUCAAAGGUGUCAAGGAGCUAAUGACAAGCAAGAUAGAGGCUACUGUAGAGCAUGUGGAAAAGGUAGACAAGAUGACCGGUGCUUGA